AUGGAGAUUAGUUUUAGCUUUAGUGAAACCAAUGGACCUGUUACCAUCAACGUUCCAACUGGCUCUAGGUUUACAAUUAACGUUACACCUCUUGGCGGACCGGUACCACCGGUUGGUGGAGAUGGUGGCAGAUUUAAGAUUAAUGGAGCUCAUGUUCAUCCUCCUAAACCUUUGAAAACGGCGCCUAACCCUAUAGUUUUCUUUGAUAUGACGGUGGACGGCAAACCGGCUGGUCGGAUCGAGAUGGAGCUAUUCGCCGACACGACCCCUGUGACGGCAGAGAACUUCCGUGCCCUCUGUACCGGAGAGAAAGGCAUGGGGAGGUUUGGAAAGCCACUCCACUACAAGGGAUCAAUCAUGCACGAGGUGGAUAAAAUUUAUACGUUGCAUGGAGGAGAUUUCAUUGAUGGGAAAGGAGAGAGCGGAGGCGAAUCGAUCUACAGCAAUAGACUGUUCGAUGAUGAGAACUUCAUCUUGAAGCACACGGGUCCAGGUGUCCUCACCAUGUGGAACCGUGGUCCCAACACCAACGGAUCUCAGUUCAUGAUCUGCAUGACGAGAAACGCCGGAUACGACGAGGAGUGCGUCGCGUUUGGCCAAGUUGUGGAAGGAUUGGAUGUGAUCAAGAGCAUUAUGGAAGAGGUCGGAGAUCCUGGCCGCUGCGUUAGGCCUUCCAAGCCCGUGGUGAUCGCCAACUGCGGUCAAUUGGUAUAG